GAUUUAUCUAGACAUGAACAACAACAAAGUUGGCGAUUCCUUACAAUCCGGUAGUUUUUUGGGAUUACUAGUGUUACAAACGCUUUUGCUCAAUAACAAUGGCAUUACAAAACCUCCAGCUGAAAGUAUAGCAGGCCUAUCGACCCUGCAAUAUCUACGUUUACAGGAAAACAAUAUUACUGAACUGCAGAAAAGUGCUUUUGGUAGACUUCCAGUCCUGUUCGAAUUAAAUUUGUAUAAAAAUGGCAUAAAGGAUAUAAACAAACAUGCCUUUGAAGGUCUUCUGCAACUUCUUACUCUAAAUUUAUCCCAUAAUUCAAUCAUAAAUAUUCCAAAUGAUGCAUUUGUAGGUCUUCCAUCGUUGCGAAGAUUAGAUUUAUCUCACAAUUACCUUACGAAACUGGACAAUAAAACAAAUGGAGUUCUGGAUGAUCUUCUCAGCUUAGAAUAUUUGAACCUAAGCAACAAUAAAAUUAGCUUUGUAACAAAGAAGACGUUUCCGUCAAAUAUUUACAUUCCAUAUAAUUUGAAAUAUUUGGACUUAAGUUACAAUCAAAUGCCUGUUUUAACUUAUGACAUUACAUUUGGUACGAAGAAAUUAUUGGAGUUUAAUAUUUCACAUAAUCAUAUCAAUGAACUACGAAAAGGCGUUUUAGCUAACUUUACUGAGUUGCAAUCCAUUGAUCUUUCUUACAAUAAGUUAACUAACCUUAUGUCGGAACCAAACAUUUUUAAUAUUCCAAAAAAUUUAUCAAAAAUAUACUUACAAAAUAAUGAGAUAUACCGAUUGCCAUUCGAAAAGUUUAUAAAAGAACCAAGGAUGGAGGAAAUUAAUUUAAAAAGUAAUCAGUUAACGGAGUUUCCUUCAACUUUAGUUAGAUUGUUAAAAAAUAAUACACGCGUAUUAUUCGAUGACAAUCCGCUUGAGUGUACCUGUGCAGCAAGGCCACUACUUCACUUCUAUUUACAAAAUACUUCAUGGAGUGAAGAUCUGAGCAAUAUAUUUUGCGAAUCACCGGUCUCUCUAAAAACCCAACAAUUAAUAAGUAUUGCUGAUAAACACUUAAUUUGUUCUCCGAAAAUAAGAGAAACGUAUAACGGCACUGAUUACGAUGAACUUAUGGAUGUAAACUUCCGCGAUAUUGAAAUCGACAAUAAUGGAAUUUUAACAGUAAAAUGGUUUGUUACCUCACCUGGAGAUAUUGCAGAUUUUUUGCUUUAUUUGCGUGAUGACCAAAAUGUGAUUUUAUACGAAGACAAUUUGGAAUACAACAAACGUAUCGCAAAGGUUCCGUUAAGCUUAGCUCUCAUACAGAAUUCAAAUACAAAUGUCGAUAUAUGUAUUGUAUCAAAAGACAGCAAUAACAAAGUAGGUCGUUGGUUUAAUGGACAAUGUCAAAGUGUAUCAGAGCUGUUGGGAGUGCGUAAGCUUACAUAUAAAGUAGUGCCUUCCUGUAGUGCAAAACAAAAAUUAAAUUUAAUAUGUUAUUUUCUUAGUUUGUUUUUUUUAUUUAUAUUGUUAUAAAUGAUUUUUUGUAACUAUUAUAAGCAAAUAAAAAGUGUAAAUAAAGACAUGUUAU